AUGUUUAGUUUAGAUAAUUUAGAUUAUUUAAAUAUUGUUUUAUUUAUUUUUGUUUUUUCUUUAUUUAAUUUCCUUGUUACUGCAAUCAUCAUCAAGUAUUAUCCUCCACAACAUCAACAAAACAAAAAUGUAGAAAUGUUCACUAAAGAAGAUGUUGAUCGUCUUUUAGAAAAUCAAAAGAAUCAAAUUCUCAUGAAAUUUUCCGAAGAAAAGGCGAUUUUAUCAAAGGAAAAUGCGGUAAUUCAAUUAAAAUUGGAAAAAAAGGAAAAAAAAUCUUUAAAAUCAAAAAGAUUGCUAUCUGUUUAUGAAAGUGAAAUGAAGGAGAUAUUAGGUCAACCUUUAUCACCCACAGAUAAAGAAAAAUUAAAAAAUGCAUUAAAUGAAAAUGAAUCAUUAAAAAAGAAAAAUAUUGAGCUUGAAGAAACAAACUCGAAACUUAGUAAUGAAAUCCAAGUUCAAGUUCAUAAUUUUAAUGCCCUUAAAUUACGUGCCGAGUCAAGGUUAGAGGAUGCAUCAGAGCAAUUAUCCCAAAUAAAAAAAGUUGCAAAAAGAAAAAUUUUAGCACUAAAGUUAAAAUUAAAAGAAUAA